CCUACAAAUCUGUACUCAAAAACAGACUAAACCAGUAGUGAGACCAACACAGGAAAAGUUUACUCAUGGCAUCUCUGGCAACCGUAGCUGCUGUUCAACCAGCCACCAUUAAAGGCCUUGGUGGCAGCUCACUUGCAGGAACCAAGCUCCAUGUCAAGCCAGCUAGCCAGAGUUUCAGACCCAAAAGCUUCAGAAAGGGUGCCGUAGUGGCAAAGUACGGUGACAAGAGUGUAUACUUUGAUUUGGAGGAUUUGGGGAACACUACUGGGCAGUGGGAUUUGUACGGAUCCGAUGCACCUUCACCUUAUAACCCUUUUCAGAGCAAAUUCUUUGAGACAUUUGCUGCACCAUUCACCAAAAGAGGAUUAUUACUCAAGUUCUUGUUACUGGGAGGAGGUUCAGUUCUUGCUUACGUAAGCGCCAAUGCUACUGGAGAUGUCCUACCUAUCAAGAAGGGCCCACAACUUCCUCCCAAGAAGGGCCCACGUGGCAAGAUCUAAUUUCCCCUUUUUUUUUUUUUUUUUUUUUUCUUGGUUUUUAAUUUGUGUGUAAUAAUUCCCUUCUUCUCUUUCAAGUGUAACCUAAUUCUACUUAUUAUUAUUA